GCAGUGUGGGUGUCAGCUGCCCCAAGGGGAUAGGGAGGGUGAUGUGGCAGUGUCCCCUGGCCUGGCCUCCUCCCCCACUGCCGGUCCAUUCACCCUUGCUGAUGUUGCUUUUCAGCAAAUGUGUGUAGCCUCUUAGGUGCUAGGCAGGGGCCUCCUGUGUUUUCUGGCUCCAAAAGCUUCCCCACCCCCUGCCCCAUAGUGGUCAUAUUCACAGACACCCCCCCUUCCCCCCGCUUUGUGCCACAGAUGAUCAUCCUGGUGCACUGGCUGCUGACGACCUGGGGCUGCCUCACGUUCGGGGGCCCCUAUGCCUGGGCCAACUUCACCAUCCUGGCCUUGGGCGUGUGGGCCGUCGCUCAGCGGGAUUCCAUUGACGCCAUAAGCAUGUUUCUGGGUGGCUUGGCGGCCACCAUCCUCCUGGACAUCAUUCACAUCAGCAUCUUCUACCCGCGGGUCAGCCUCACGGACACGGCGCGCUUCGGUGCCGGCAUGGCCAUCCUCAGCCUGCUCCUGAAGCCGGCCUCCUGCUGCCUGGUCUACCACAUGUACCGGGAGCGCGGGGGUGAGCUCGUGCUGCACGCCGGUUUUCUUGGACCAUCACAGGAGCACAGUGCCUACCAGACAAUUGACUCACCAGAGGUCCCUGCAGGCCUUUAUGCCAGCCAGGAGGGCAAGGGUUAUACCCCCCAAGGGUACUGAAACCAGCCCCACUGCCCUGGCCCGGCUCAAGGGCCAGAAUGACAGACUGUAGGGGAGGGUCUGCAGGGCCUUCCUUGUGCCCUGGACACUGUUCUUGGGCUGCACCUGACCCCCUUUCUUGGACCUAAUGUGGGAUGUGUCCCCCUGUUCCCCAUCUCAGGUGUUGCCUGAGUGCACCUGUGCAUACACCUGUCCCAAGCUCCGGAGGCCCUCCCUCCCUUCCAGGUACCCCGCUGGUCCCAGGCUGGGAACCGUGGUCACUUUAUUCACCUCUGCCUUAGCUGCUCCGUGCAGGCCUCAGGCCAGGCUACUCCUGAACCUGGCAGAGUCCAGCCUCUAAGGGCCAGUGAUGCCCCUGCCCUGGGCCUCUCGCAGUUGUCAAGCCCUCCCGCAGAGGGGCACAGGGUAAUGUCCUGGUACUUCUCACUACCUGAUCACUUGGUCCUGGGAACCCCGGGGCUGGAGGCAGGAGGUGUCGGCUACACUUGAGACCCACCAUACUCCUCAGCUGCCCUUCUCAGAGGCAUAGCAUUAAAGUUUGGGGAAUUGUGUAGCUGGGUGUGUGUUGAGCCAUGUUUAAUAUCCCAGCUGGGGUGGGCCGUCCCUUCCUGGGAAGGUUUCUUCUGCAAAACCCCAGGGCUCCUGGGCUGAGCUGCCUGCUCUGCUGUUGCAGGAGGCAGGGGCUCAUGACCAGCUGGGCCUGUGUUCGGUGUGGCACAUGGAUGUCUGUUUCUCUGAAUCAGAUGACUCAGGUAAUGAUUUUAGCCUUGCUCUGCCAUGAGCUGGCUGUGUGCCCUUGGGCCACUUAGCCUCCCUGACCUCAGUGUCUCUGGGCGAAGACCAAUGUUUGCCAGAGGGUGACAAUGCAAAUGAAACAUGAAGUGCCCAGGCUACCCAAGAUGACAGCUACGUUGUUGGGGUUGCUCCUCGAGCCUGUGAUGAUACUGGGUCAGGAGGUGACAGGUGACUUCUUCCUAGCUGACUCCAGGUCUUGGCCUUAGAGCUAACCGAACUGAUACCUGUCCAGAAGCUCAGAGGGUCCCUUGGCCAGGGCCCCCACCCCACUGACUGGGAUGGACAUUGACCAUGGGGCCCCAGGUGUCUGGCCCGUCCUGGCCUGUCCCCAGUAUGAAGAGGUCAAGGCCUAGUGCACAGCCCCUGCCAUUCUGUGUCUGCAUCCGUCAAGGAGGCCAAGCACCUGGCAGUGCUGGUGCUCUAGGGGUGAACUCUGUGCCUAUUCUGGGAGCAGACACUCAGAGUCCUCUGUUGGGAGGCCAGAGCCCUGGAGGAAGGGAACACGGCCUCGGAAGGGACUCACGCUCUGGGGCCAAGGGAUGCCAAGUGCCGCAGCUGCGACAAAAAGGAAAUGGCCUCACCGUCAGAAAGGGACAAACAAGCUGUGGUACCUUCACUCUACUGAAUCCUGUGCGGCAGUUAAGUGAAUCCACCAGACCUUUUUCUCUUGACAUUGGUCCCCCCAAAUGUGAAAAAACAGACUGCAGAAUGGCAGUCUAUGAUAGGACAACCUUACUGUGAAUUUUUAAACCUUACAGCAAUACCUAUGUUAUUCUUGAGUGUAGAUGCGGUAAAAUGUAAAAGUGAGAACGAGGACACAUGUCAAGUUUAUGAUUGUGGUGGCCUUGGGUGGGGGAGGGGUGUGUUUCCCUAGGUGGUCCUUAUUUCACAGCUGGGAACACAUCCAGAAAAAGACUUAAAAAAGAUCUUUUUUAAAAGACUUCUUUAAACAGACCUUUUAAAAAAAGAAAGGUUAAUGUCAGAAGGUCCAACAUCAAUAUAGUCAGUUCCUGCCAGGGACCAUGGGAGAGGAGCACCACUGAAAAGAAAGAUGGCAAAGAAUUUUCCUAGAUAGAACACCAAAGCUCAGAUUCUGGAAGCCAAAUAAUCACCAAACAGAAUGAAGAAGAAACCCCCGCUUACAGUCCUCAUCAUGGGACUUGGUUCACUCACUGCUGUACUUUCAGUCCCUGGAACAGUGCCCGCACCCCUCAAGUGCUUUAUAGCAGGGGGAGAAUGAAUGGAUGAAGGAAAACUGCAGAACACCAGCCACAAACAUUAAGAUCCCCAAAGCAGCCAGGUAGAAAAGAUACCAUCCUAAAAGGAAUGAGUUACACCAGCAACUAAUGACUUAACAGCAGCCACAACAGACGUCAGAAGACAGGAAUGUUAUCUUCAAAGUAGUGAUAAAAAUAACCACCCAAAGUUGUGUGCUAGGGAUUAUCUCUCAGGGAUUUGGGUGAAAUAAGGACACUCCGAGAAAUGACAAGAGUUUAUCACCCACAGACCUUCAAGACAGAAACAGCUAAAGAAUGUUUUUGUGGAAGGACAUUUUUCCAUAAGGAAAAUGUGACAAGCAUGAAGGAAAUCAUAAACAUGGUUUAGUGUUCAUGACAAUAAUAUGUUUCAGGAGGGGUUGACCAGACACAGUGUUGUAAAGUCUUUUUUUUGUCCAGAAAGAAGGUAAAUACUGGAUUAACUUUAGACUUUGUCAAAUAGUACAUAUUAAAGUGUCUUGGAUUACCACUGAAAAAA